AUGAAAUCAUACAAAACGAGGCAAAUGUUACUUGAAUCAAAUGAAUACACAUCUGUGUGUGCAUAUAUUAGCGGCGUACGCCUACCUAGUCUCUUUCAGCAAAUGUGUAAGUCGAAUGUAUUUGCGGAGUGGGACACGGAUUUCGUCGAAGAUUCGAAGUCUAUACCGUCGAUUGAAAUAAAACUCUCGCCUCCGGAGAACCCACUUCCCCAAGUAUCUCAUGAAAUCGACAAGUUGGAGGCACGUAGAGUACAAAUGGAAGAGGGGAUGAUGGCGAAGCUAGAAGAUAAAUUCAAUGAAACUUUGGUGGACUCUCGCGACAAAAUUCGGCAAAUAAUUACCCAGCAGCUGGAUUUAUUCAAUGAUGAACGACUGAAGACUAUUGUUCGCACUGUAGACACCAAGAAGGAGUCGCAUCUCAAAUCGCACAUGUACGAAUUCGUGUCGUUUAACUUAAAUGAGAGUCUCAGGCUACCUAAAGCUCCCUCAUUCAUAGAGAUUGGCGAACAAGUGGUACCAAGCUCGGUCAGGGUCAUGAUGGGCGAAGUCGAUGUCCCCGAUCCCGCCAUCAAAACUAAAAUGGAACAAAUUGAACAGAGCAGGAGCUACGAAGAGGUACAGGUUUUUAACCAGCAAUCCGAUGAAUUGGAACAACUUACGAAUGUGACACUCAUAGGUAGGUUACCAGCAGUUAGGAGCAACAUGCUAUUAGAACUGGAAAGAGCCCUCAAGUUGCAAUUAAAGCCAUACAUAGCGCAGUUAGAGGUUGGUUGGCUUAUAUGUGACAACGUGGAUCUCAAUCUGCAGCUAUACCAGGCUCAAGCGCAUACACCGUCGACGCCGCGAGCACAGCGGCAACCAAAACAGGCACCGGCGUUCAUACAAACAUACGCAUAUCCCUUGCCAAAUACGAAACAGCUCAACGUCAAAAUUGGGCAAUCGGAAGAACCCUAUCCGACGGUGGAAGAUUACGUAAUGAACAUGGAAAAAAAACGCGACGCAGCGGAGAGGAAUGAAAGGAACACGGUACUCACAAUGUAUCUCAAACUAGUCAAGGCGCAACAUGAAAUGAUUCGCGACGAACUCAGGGUUGCCACAUCAAACAUUAUAUCGCAGUAUGGUGGAAUCAUAGAUGCGACCACCACCCAAGCAAUCCGAAAGCAUCGCCAUAAGUGA